AUGCUUCGAUUUCUUGGUUCAUAUAGUCGGACAGUAUUAUCUUCAUAUCCAUCAACAACAAAUAUUCUUUUAAAAUCAAUACGUUCUGUUUCUAAUAAUCCUAAAAUAGCUCAAUCUCAACCGUCUAAUGACAAAUCAACAUCUCGUCAACUUCCAUCAUCUGUAACACGUAAAGUUGAUGUAAAAAGAUUAUUUUCCAAUGAAGAAUCUGAAGAAAUUCCUAUUCCAACAAGUCCACGUCGACCAAAUAUUCUUCAUUCUUCUUCAUUUGAAGAUCCAUUACGAUUAACAUCAAAUUUAUCAAUAAAAAAUCGUUAUGAAAAUGAAAUAUCCAAUAUAAAUGAUUAUGAAGCUGAAGAACAACGACGAUAUUUAGCACGACAAACACAAAUUAAAAUGCAAUCAAAACGAAAAAUAUCAACAAAUAAAAUUAAUAUUGAAACAGUAUUUGAUAAUUCAAAAAAUAUUUCUACUGAAAAAAAAAUUAAAAUAGAUAAUAUUGAUAAAUCAAAUUUACAAAAACCACGACAACCAAAAAAAGAAAGAUCAUUAACAAAACAAUCUGAUGAAUCUUCUAAUCCAAAUGAACUUCAACGUCAAAGAUCUGAUCCAAUGCUUGCAGCAAAUAUUAAAGAAGCAAAUACUGUAGAAGAUUUAAUGACAAUUUUUGAUAAAUAUAUUGUACCAACAGAAUUUGCAUUAGGUUUACAAAAAAUGUGUCAAUUAGCAUCAAUAGAAAAUAGCAAUGCUAUUCAUAUUUAUGCACAAUCAUAUAAUGCUCGAAAUCGUAUGGAAUCACUUUUAAUUAGUUUUUUAGGCAAAUUUAGUGAUCAUGAAAUAUUAACAGCUAUUACAUUUGUUACAAAAUAUUAUCCUGAAGAUAAUGAAUUUACCGAUAAAUUUUCUCUUACACUUGCUAAUCGUUUACGACGUAUUAGUGUUCAUCAAAUUGUUCGUAUAUUAGAAGAAUUAAAAUCUUCUCGUCAUACAACACAAUGGAUUCAUCGAAUUUAUAAUCGUCUUUUAGCUUUAGCUGAAGGACGUUAUUUUGAAUUUGAUAAUAUACGUGAUAUAUUAGCAUUAACAUAUAAAUUAUCAUAUAAUGAUCGUUUAAUAAAUCGUUUAGAUGAAAGAAUUUUAGAGAUAAGUGAUACAUUAACAUUUGAUGAUUGGUUUAAAAUAUUAAUUAAUAAAUCAAUAUUAAAAAGACGUGAUAGAACAAUAAUACGUGCUGCUUGUUAUCAUUUACUUAAAUUAAGUGAAUCAUUUUUAUUUCCAUUAGAUAAAAUAAAAGAUUGUCUUUUUGCAUGUGCUAUGUUAAAUGUAUAUGAAAAAUCAUUUUUAGAACGAUUAAUUCGAGAUGCAUAUGAACAAAUUAAUAAUAUUAAUGAUCAAUUUAUAUUUCAAUCAAUUGUAACUUCAAUGGGUACACUUCGUUUACGUCAUUGUGAAUUACUUGAUGCUUUUGGAAGAAUACUUUUAGAAGAAUCGAAUUUAUUUUCAUCAUUAAAAAAUAAAUCUAUACAAUCAUUUAUACGUACAUGUGCAUCUGUUAAUUAUUCUCCAUCAAUAUUAUCAAAAAUUAUUGAAAAUCAUUUAAAAUUUGAUGAAAAUAUUACUGAUGAUAAUAAUCAAUUAAAUGAAAUAAAAAAUCGUAUUGAUCUUGUUUGGUCACUUGCUAUUUUAGAUCAAGCAAAUCAAAAUCAUUUAUCAAUUGUUCUUAAUCAAGAUAUAUUUCAACUUGUACAAAAUGAAAUAUCAAAUUCAAAAAUAGCAAGUGCACUUAAAUUACUUACAACAUAUUCGUAUAGUUUACAAAAAUUUUCAAAAAAAUUUCCUAAACCAACAUUUAAUAUUGAACAACUUGCACAACAAUUAACAGUAAAAAAUUCUAAUGCACAAGAUCAAUUAGCUAAAACAGUUAUAACAUUUGCAGCUGAAAAUAAAUAUUCAAAAUUUAAUGUUGUUACAUCAAAUAUGAUUGUUAUUGAUUGUUUAAUGGUCGUAGAUAAAACAGGUAUACCACAAGAUUUAAAUACUGUUUUAACUAAUGGUGAUGGUAAUGGACAAACAACAUUUAAUAAAAUUCGUAUUGAUGAAAAUAAUUUCAAAAUUGCACUUAAAUGUCUUGAUUAUCAAGAUAAAACACUUUUAACAAAUUCUGUUUCGGGUUCUAUAGCAUUACAAUUACGAUUAUUAAAUUCACUUGGAUAUAAAUGUGUACCGAUUGAUUAUGAUGAAUUUAUCAAAAUUCAAGUAAUAAAUGAUAGAAGCAAAUAUAUUCAACGUAAAAUUAAGGAAGCAAUUAGUUCAUCAUCAUCAUCAUCAUCAUCAUCUACUUUAGAUGAUCAAAUUAAUAUACCUGCUACUCAGAAAAAAAAUGAAAAUGUAUGA